UGGAACUUCAAUGCCUUAAAAAAGGAACGAUCCAAAGGUUGUAGCCAAUGAGUUGUAUGACUUGGUAGGCACAAAAGUAUAAUGUCGUUUGCCUGUGCAAACUCAAGAGUUUCGACUGAGCUACAGUGGGAACUGUGCCCGUCUAGGAUCAAAAUUACUUUUCCUUUAGAUUUUCUUGGUAAAAAAUGGUUUUUUAGCCAUAAAUAAAAUAUGUCAUUAUUGACGUAUGCGGAUUUCUGGGACAUGAAUAUUGUGGAUCCGUUUGGCAUCCCAUUUUUGUACUUGGGUUUUUCAUUUUUCCCUUUAAAGAUACACGCUGGUGGAAGAAAAAUUACUUCACCUUUACAACAAGCGAUCAAUGAUAUGGUCUGUCCUUUUUCCCCAGAAGUAAUAUUUACUACAGAUUUUGAUCCUUUUACAGCCACAACACUGCCGGGUUUACUAUUGAGUUGUAAACCCGUUUCGUCAACAUUAUAACAAUUUCCAGGUUUGUCAAGUAAGUCAUGUUCUAUCAGCAAAUCUUGCAAUAGGUCAAAGUAUUUCAUAACUGCUUCCUUGUUCAUGUUUAGUGAACGAGAUUGUGAAACACCUCCGGAUUUUCUUAUGGUUAAUUGAGGGUUUCGACGAAAAAAUAGAUGCAACCAGUCUAGUCCUGCCAUGCAAGUUUGUCUAUUGAAAUUGUGUUUUAUAUAAAGCUGUUCCGCUAGUUUAUACGCCAUUAUUCUGACUUCGUUUCUGGUCGGAGUAAACCCGUGACGCUGAAGUUUCGUAAUAUGCGUCACCAUCUUUUUUUCAUUUUCAAUUCCCAGAACAGAAGGGGGCCCUAGACCUUUUUUUUCCAAAGAAUUACUAGAAAUCCUUCUUUUCAGGGUCGACCAAGGAACACCAUACGUUUUUGACGCCUUAUAAAUGGACAUCUGCUGAUUGUGUACUGCUUGAGCCGCAUUUUUAAGAUCUUCUUCCUCCCAUUUCCCUCUUGAAUGAUUAUUUUUAGGAACAGUCACAGAAAUUGGACAAAUGGAAGUUACACCUCGUGAAUGUCAAGCAGAUGGAGUACAAACAGUAAGUAUAGAAAAACCUCUGGGAGAAAUGUCUGGCGUUAAUGAAAAAGAACAUAUUGUGCAAAAACCAGCUGCUUCUGUAGGACAUUUGGGAAGCGUUAUGAACACUAUUGAAGAAAAAAGCAAAGCAAGCGUAUUGAGACCUCAAGGAACGAUCAUUGAUCGUACAGCGGAUUAUGUUGGGACAUGCUUUAGUGGUUUUGCAAAUGAAAGGGAAAUCGAGGAAGGAGAGAUUGUGUCCGACGAGGAAAGUCAUGUAGAAGAAAACAUAGCUUCGUCCGAACAUACGAACACAUCUGUAAUGAAAUAUUGUAGUCAGCAUGACGAAACAGCCAAUUGGAAGAAAGCUCAAGGAGGGCUCAUUGAUACAUCAAGAAUAAUGAAAAAUGUUCAAACUCAAGGAACAGUCCUUGAUCUUACAGAGAAAGUGUCUGUUUUCGGGGAUAAUGACCUCGAGGAAGGGGAAAUCGUGUCCGAUGAGGAACAUCAUAUAGAUCAAAAUUCAGCUUCGUCAAAAUAUAAAAGUAUAUCUGAGAUUAAAGACAGUAGUCAGAAAGGCAGCCCAGGUAUUAUGAAGAAAUAUGUAGCUAAAGAAACAAUCGAUAUCACAGAUCGCAUUGAGGCACAUGUUACUAGUUUUGCAUUUAAAGGAAAAAUACAUCUUGGUCAAGGCCAUGAAGGCAAAUUUUCAGCUGCAUCAAAUCACAGGAAAACGGCGAUGAAAGCUAGAAGCCGAAGUAGUUCAGCAGGAAAAAUAAUUGAUGUGGCAGAUGCAAAUCUUGUUGAUGAAGUUGAAUGUUCAAAGUCUGAUCUGACCAGCUUCAGAAGGGAUACUUCAAAAGCUACUACUGAUCUAAUUCAUAACUCCAAAAGUGUACAUGUGAACGGCGAAAAUAAGCAAGAUAUUGAUCGAGAAGGGAUAUCAAAAAGUAACGAAAAUUUUCCAAUAAUUUCGGAUAAACCUAUCUCUGGUCAGCCAGUAGGUACACAUUCUGACCUUUUUACCGACUAUCUUUUCAACUAUGUAGAGUUACUUGAAACGACUGAUUCAUCCGAUUGUGAAUGUUUACCUCCACAGCUUGAUGAAUUGAAGAAGCUGCCAUUAGAGGUGAUUACAAAACAGCUUUUAAAAAACUUUAAGAAAUGGACUAAAAAAAUGGAGAGAGAAACUAAGCAGAGAAUAAAUACACCAGCUAAUAUUGGUCACACAACUAGACCAAUUUCUAUAGAACCGACUCCAAUUUUUGUACCUUCAUUUAUUCUUGAGAAACUUGCAGUACUAGAAAAACUACCAGUAGAUUUUAUCACAGACGAUCAGAAAAAAGCUAUUAUAUAUUGGCAAAAGCUUGUUGAUAGGAGAAACCAAAUAGAAAAUUCCGACAAUGUAGAAAUACUAGAGAUACACAAAACCGAGAAAAGAGGUGAUGAAAUUGCCGCAUUAGCAAAAUCUAGGGUUAAAACUCAACGAACAGAAGUUGGUAUGCAGUCAACAGCUAGCACGGAAGAUACCACUGUUGAUCCCAUAUCAGAUCUAUCUGAUUAUCUUCGCAAAAAGCUUGCUAAGUUAAAACGACGAACUGACCUUACUAGGAAGCAGCGAAAAAGGAUGAAGAGGUGGGGUAGACUUCUAGAUGAUCAUCAAGUGUCGUAUGUGUCUGAACAGAUCAUAGAAUCGAGUAGAUAUUUGAAUAUGCCAGAGACAUCUGUCAAAAAGAUUGAGGAGCUUUUGGAAAACUGCCACGUAUACCAACACACCAACUCUCUACUUGGUCCUAUUUCCAAAGAAGCAAGUAGUUGCAUCGAAAAUAAAUUAAAUACGGUAGAAACUGUCAGUGAUUCUAUCGCAGAGUCUGCGGAAUUGGUUGUUAAAUCAGCAGAUACUCAUUCCCAGUCUAACUCAGCUGAAGCAGUUGAAUUGCUCCAACCUUCGAGCAACUCCACAGAGAAGCCGUUAGAGGCUGAAGCUACAGUAGAAUCGUUUACUUCUGCAAAAGACUUAACAUCACGCUUUUCUGCGUUUGAGGCUGUAGCAACAGAUGGUACGAAAGAAUCUUCUGUGUUAUGUCAAUCAUUACCUGCAGAGUCUGCAGUUGACGGUUAUUUUCUAGAUAUUAUAUAUUGGCAAAAGCCUGUUGAUAGGAGAAACCAAAUAGAAAAUUCCGACAAUGUAGAAAUACUAGAGAUACACAAAACCGAGAAAAGAGGUGAUGAAAUUGCCGCAUUAGCAAAAUCUAGGGUUAAAACUCAACGAACAGAAGUUGGUAUGCAGUCAACAGCUAGCACGGAAGAUACCACUGUUGAUCCCAUAUCAGAUCUAUCUGAUUAUCUUCGCAAAAAGCUUGCUAAGUUAAAACGACGAACUGACCUUACUAGGAAGCAGCGAAAAAGGAUGAAGAGGUGGGGUAGACUUCUAGAUGAUCAUCAAGUGUCGUAUGUGUCUGAACAGGUCAUAGAAUCGAGUAGUUAUUUGAAUAUGCCCGAGACAUCUGUCAAAAAGACUGAGGAGCUUUUGGAAAACUGCCAAGGAUACCAACACACCAACUCUCUACUUGGUCCUAUUUCCAAAGAAGCAAGUAGUUGCAUCGAAAAUAAAUUAAAUACGGUAGAAACUGUCAGUGAUUCUAUCGCAGAGUCUGCGGAAUCGGUUGUUAAAUCAGCAGAUACUCAUUCCCAGUCUAACUCAGCUGAAGCAGUUGAAUGGCUCCAACCUUCGAUCAACUCCACAGAGAAGCCGUUAGAAGCUGAAGCUACAUUAGAAUCGUUUACUUCUGCAAAAGACUUAACAUCACUCUUUUCUGCGUUUGAGGCUGUAGCAACAGAUGGUACGAAAGAAUCUUCUGUGUUAUGUCAAUCAUUACCUGCAGAGUCUGCAGUUGACGGUUAUUUUCUAGAUAAGUCGGUCAUAUCUGCUCCAAAGCAAGCAGAAACUUGCUCUCAAUUUGUUUUUGCUGAAAAAGACGGACUACUCGAAGAUGAAAGUGUUCAUACACAGAACAUAUUAGAAUCUGAAGGAGUAGCUAGUAAUUCUGGAGACAAGUCGUCAGUAUCUGCGGAUACUUACUCUGAGUGUGGUACUGCCGACGCUGCCAGACCACGUCAAGAACUGAUGACUUGUAUAGAGAAUAUGUCAAGGUCUGCAAUUAACAGUUAUUUUGUAGACAAGUCGGCUGAUGCUUACUCUCAAUUCGUUUGUGCUAAAUCGGACAGACCACUUGAAAAAAUGAGUGGUUGUAUAGAGAAUAUAACAAAAACUGCAGAUGCUAAUAGUUCGGUAGACAGGUCAGAAUCUUUUCUUGUUAUCACAAAAGUUACUGAUUCCCUAAUCGAUCCUGUUCAGGUGGACGGACCUAUCCAAGAACUAAGCAUUGUACCAGAAUCUGCAGAAAAUAACAGUGAUUCUGUAGAAUAUAUAGCAGUAUGUGUUUCUGCUGGGUCAAAAGAUAUUGAUUCCCAGUUUGGUUCUCCAAAGUCCAGUUGUACAGAACAUAUACCAAACUCUGGGAAUGGCACACCAACAGACGAAGUAAAUAGCUCUAUGCAAAAUUUAUUAGUAGCAGAUAUAUAUUCUCAUUUCGGUUCCACAGAGGCAACCGAAUCACCAGAAAACGUUAGUUGUUCGGUAGAAAUGUCGCAAGUAUGUGAAAAUCUAGAUUCAACAGACAUUGCUUCUGUACAGUUUGACAAGAUGCUUGGAAAGUCUAGUAAUAGCACCGAAAGCAUAUCAGAACUGAUAGAACAUAUACCUAGACAGGUGUCUAGUGAUUUCUCAAAAUUUCCAAGUCUUUUAAUUUUUGGCCAGUCAAUAUUAAAAGAAAAAAUAGAAAAACCACACCAUCAUUUUGGUUUUGUAAUGGCGGAUAGACAGUCCGGAGAAGUGAGUGGUUGUGCCGCUACUUCAUUACAUUUGAUCAACAGUAAAUCUAUUGAUGCCAUAGAAUCCCAAGAAAUAUCUACGACUUCAUCAAUCUAUGUUGGACAGUCAAGUACAUUUGCUCAGCUUAGUUCUGUAAAUGCAGCGAAACAGGUUCCAGAAGAAGUUGUGGGUGUCACCGCCAAGCCAAUGCCUCGUCAAGACCAAGCAUCAAGUGUAACAGAAAAAUUAACCGCCACAGUGUCAGGAAAUACCUCGACAAUUGGGAUUGAGCAAGCACGUAGAAAAAGACGUCACGAUGAUGAUGGUGGUGCUGAGGAUCCUGGGAAUACAAAGAGGCAACGAACCAGAGAACCAUUGUUCCCUCUUCGUGUUGCUAUAGUCGACCAGCAGUAUCCUGAUGUAGUCCUUACCCUUGACCAAUCAGAGGCGAUCGAAGCAGAGCUGGUAGACCGAGUGGUUAAGACUCCAGAUUACCAUGGUGCCGUUGCACUGCAGUUCAACAAUUGUUCUUAUGCCGGAGGUGUUCUUUGGAUAUGCUGUGCCAACAACUACACGAAAAUAUGGUUGCAGAUGACUAUCAGUCAUUUGUGCAGGUUUUGGAAGGAUUUGUGGUUGAAAGCGGUAGACGAAGUUGAUCUACCGAGGAGACCUAAGGUGAUGGUCUUUGUUCCCGGCAAAGAGCCGGCUGUGGAUGAGUUCCGGCUAGGUCUGUGUAAAGACAAUCCAGGUUUGACAGUCAAAUAUUGGCUGCUUAUUGGUAGGAAGACCGAGGAAGCUAGAGGGUCUGUAUUAGCUUUCUCUAUUGACACCCGCUCAUACGAAAUGUUAGAGAAUAAUGCAUGGACCAUGUCCUAUAAAAAAUCUACACUCCGUUGCAAGGUGAUGAAGAAAAUUAAUGACUUGUGGGAAGAGACAUUUGCGCAGGAACACUUUGCUAGUACCUGUGGAACUGCGAAAGCAAAGGAUUCGCGUAAGAAGAAAGAGAAGGGUUAUCCUAGUUCUUCGAGAGAUUAGCAACCACAGAAUUUUCGGAACAAUAGGCGAUGUGGACAAGGGGGUUUGCAUUCCAUACAAUUGCCUAACACUGUAUAAAUCAAGUUUUGAAAAUGGCGCUAUGAAAAUCGUAGUCCUAUCAAGAGGAGUGUAUGAAACCGAUGUUACGUAUUUUCUAUGCAAAAUGACGUUUCAAAUAGUAAAUGUACAGGAAUCUAGAUAACUGGUAAGUUCAGAUCGAUUACUGGAAAAUUUUGUUGAAAUUAUCCAGUAAUAAUCAGAAAAUACUGCUAAAAAAAUGGUUGAGAAAAAAGUUGUUGGGUUGAGGUAAACAUUUAAUUGCGGUUCUUGAUAAUGGCCUUCAUGGUCAUUUAGAGGUCGAAUCUAAAAUUUAAAAUGGAACCGUAAUAUCUGGACCACGGGUGAAAAGGACGUAACAGCUUGUAUGUGACCUUGACUUUGGAAUUAAUCACUUUGAAGUCAUGGUUAAGGUCAUUUUAGAACGUAAAGUGCUUCCCUGUCUUUAUCGGUUUGGUCGAAAAGAUACAGUUCCAUUUAAAGUUUACAAGUUGCCUUGGAGUCCCUUUUGGCCGGAUACUCUGACAAAGCGAUGGAUUACACAGUUUGUGCGUGGGACAGAUAGCAGCCCUCGUUGUUGCGCAGAGUGAGACAUAGUUUUGCAUUCUCAGGACUCCAGAUGGUUUUUAAUAAAAUAAGUGUCCUUCUGAAAAUCGAUGGUCUCCAAAGCUUGUGCUCUAUUUUUUGCAGAUUAUACUUCAAUAUUAUAUAAGGGUGAUAAAUCAUAGAAAACAUUUUUUUCCAUUUUCCUUUUAGCUAGACAUUUACCGAGUUAUACAGUUAUUUCUUUUACAGUAAACAAACUGAAAGUAUAUCAUAUUCUUCCUAGAUUCUCACUUAUAUUGGGAAAUCCAUAUAUCUUAUAUUUUAAAAAAAGUUAUAAUUGUUUCAUACAAAAUUAACUCACAAGCAUUUUCACAGAAAAGUACCUUCAUACAUAGUACCAUAACUGAUUGAACCACCUUCAUCCUAUGGUGUAUUAGCGUGGGGGUUGCAUGUUUAACCCAUCCAUAUAAUUUAUAUAUUUUGCAUAAAACUGUUUUAAAUACGAUACAGACUUUAUCCUACUAAUGAACCGUAUUCAGACACUAAUAAUAAUAAACAUUUUUCAAGUUCGUAGAAAAGUGGUUCCAAAACCAGAUUUUAGCAGCAACAUUUCAUUAAAUUUCACCCAAAGAGUAGGAAAGUUUAUGUUCCGGAACUUAUUUAAAGAGAAAUAUGAAACAAUGAGUGCAUGACAGGAAUGGAGAUUCAUAAAUUAGUAACAAACAUUUGAAAUUAAUUUGAGACUUGAUACUAUAACUUGUUUAUACUUAUUUAUGCUUUCUAUUAUACACUUGAAACAUAAAAUUACUGCUCCAUAUACACUGCCUUCUUUGUAUUACAUUUACUUUCUGAUAUUCUAUUUGUG